UCCUGUCCUCCAGCGAGAACCACUAGCACUCACGACCCGCACAGCAGAUCGUUCGCCGCCGCCCUCCAUCCCUUCGCACCAGAUCCAUCCCUUUGCCGCCGCCGAUCCAUCCGUUCUUCGUGCCCGAUGUCGCUGACCCCACCUCCGCGUCGCUCGCCCGGGCCUUCCUCUCCGACGCGGCCGACAAACCGCCGCAGCUCCUCCCCGUCCACACCGCGCCCGUCGCCCAGCAGCACUUCCUCGAGUUCCCUGGCUCCGACGAGGGCCCGCCCAAGGCCAAGGGGAAGGGGGGACGCGGUUGGAGAGGAGAAUGGAGGGAUCAGGGAGGCGGUGCAGAGGUUCCAGGGGUAGGAGGUCGAGGCGCUCGAGCGGAAGGAGGUCGCCUUCAGGCUCAUCAUUCAUAUGCUCGGGGGCGAGGGCGGGCUGGAGGCCGACAAGGUUGCCAAGCUCAGGAAUGCUUCCGCAUGGCAGGUCCGUUCGCUCACGGAUUUUCUCAAGGUGAGGCGGUGUCUUCUCUUCUCUCCGUUCAUCUGUAAUAUAGGCCGACAAGGUUGCCAAGGUCAGGAAUGCUGCCGCAUGGCAGGUCCGUUCGCUCAUGGAUUUUCUCAAGGUGAGGCGGUGUCUUCUCUUCUCUCCGUUCAUCUGUAAUAUCGCAUUUUACCUGUCGGCACCGCGACCAGUGUCGUCAUUCCCCACCCCAGCCUUGAUUGUCUGUAGAAUUCAUGCUGGUGAUGGACAUUUACCUGCCCAAUGUUCUCUUCGGAAUGAGAUUCAGAAUGUGUAAGUUUUGCAGCAGUAGAUUCAGAAUGAGUUAAAAAAUUCAUACAAUUCUUGAACCUUAUGCAAUCAUCUCCUCGGACUCGAAGUAGUGAGGAUGGCAUGCGUCAGAGGCCAGUCGGCAGAGGGAGUGCAGAUUUGCGUUCCACCAGGGGGAUAGUUGUGAGCAAUGCAUAUAUCUAGGUUUCUCUUUUGUUUCUCUCUUGUUGAUGCAAACUUGCUCUGCUUGACUCUGUUUUGGCCUCAAGGCGCAGGCCUUUCUGUAUGUGUGUGUGUGUGUCGUAGGUCUUGAAAGCAUGUAGUAGUACGUAGCUUGAUUCAUAUGUUUCUUCCAUAGCAGCAAGUUUUUCAUGGAGUAUGUUUUCGUGCUAAUCCUGCGAGUUGAUGUUUGUUGUUGUACUCAUGCUGGUAGAGAUAAUGCGGGUGUCCUCCUUGCUUAAGCACCAACCUGAUGGGGACUUUGAGAGGUUGCCGCCGAUGGCGCGUCCAAACCAGAUGCAUCAUCAUCAGUCGCCCCCAAUGCCUAAUUUCUGUGGAAAUGGUUUUGGCCCGUGGAACCACGGGGCGCAGCCAGAGAGGGUAGGUUUUCCUCAAGGACCCGUGGGUUGGCAAGGAGCACCACAAAGCCCCUCUCCAUACAUUGUCAAGAAGAUUUUGCGGUUGAAGAUACCAACAGAUACUUACCCUAAUGUACGUUCAUUCAUGCUUGCAAGUGUUCUAUUAGUAUGGAAUCAUUAUUUACUCUGCUUGCCAUACUUGUUCAAUUCAAUUUUAUUGGCCGUCUUCUUGGGCCAAGGGGAAACUCGUUGAAGAGGAUUGAAGCCACUACGGGUUGUCGUGUUUUUAUCAUAGGGAAGGGCUCAAUUAAAGAUCCUGGGAAGGAACCUACCACGCGCGCCGAGGCGAGGGCCUCGUGGACUCCGUCCAUCGCCGCUUGGCCGACGACCCCGCCGCUUGGCCAAGGACCUCAUGAUGGAUCGAUUAUUUCUCAGCUUGGCACAUGCAGUACGGCAGCACACCGCGUGCAGUUUCCUUGGAUUCUAUUCCAUCUCUUCCCGGUCGCUUCCUCUAAUUGCUUCUCAAAUCAUUCGUUCGUUCGUGCUGGUCAUCCUCCUACAUCUGUCUGUCUCGCUCUCCGAUUGAUUAAUCGUGUUCAUUGGGAUUUAAAAAGAGGAACAUGGAUUUUUGUUGGUGACUUGUAAGCAGCAACAAUAUCUUGCAGUUUCUAAUUUUCUAGCCAUCCACAUGAGUACAGAUCAGGUGAGUACCUCGGGGCAGAACCCGCGCUGCCGUACCUGAGCCCCUACAUGUGUGGCGAGAACCUGCUCGUCGGCGCCAACUUCGCGUCCACCGACUUCGACAUCCUCAAUGACACAGGCGUGCAAUUCGUGAACAUCAUCAGGAUUGCGCAGCAUCUGCAGAACUUCGAGGACUACCAGCAGAGGCUCGCGACGUACGUCGGCGAGGACGCGGCAAGGGAGCGCAUGAGCCAGUCGCUGGUGCUCAUCACACUUGGUGGCAACGACUUCUUCAACAACUACUGCCUGGUUCCCUUCUCCGCUAGGUCCCAGCAGUUCGAGAUCCACGGCUACAUCUCCUUCAAUAUCUCCGAGUACAAGAAAGUCCUCGCGGGUGAUAUGGAUGAAGGAGAAGAGGCCAGCAGUGCUGAGCUAAACAAUUUAGGGAGGUAUUGGAUUGACCUCUGUAGAAACUAUGGUAAAGGCACCUUAUCUUGGGCUCCUAGAAGAAGGAAACUCAACAUGCGUGGUUCUCAUUAGAGGCAACCAGACCGUUGUU